CUAUAUUGUCAUCAUAUGGAGGCAACAGAAUUAGAAAUUGAAGCAUAUCCACUGUUAGAUGAACUCACGUCGAAGAUCAGCACCUUAAACUUGGAACGUGUGCGUCGACUGAAAAGUAGACUUGUUGCCUUAACUCGACGAGUUCAAAAGGUUAGGGAUGAGAUAGAGCAGCUGAUGGAUGAUGAUGGAGAUAUGGCCGAAAUGUAUCUCACUGAAAAAAAAAUGCGGAUGGAAUCAUCAUUCUACGGCGACCAAGCUCUAAUGGGAUACCGAUCAACUGACGGUGUGCAGUCUGCUUCAGCUCCAGUUUCUCCCGUUUCUUCACCCCCCGAGAGUAGGAAGCUCGAGAAAAGCUUGAGUACUGCUAGGAGCCGUCACGAGAGCACACGAAGUAGUACUGAAAGUGCUACAGAGAGUAUUGCAGAACUGGAGAUGUUGUUGGAGGCCUACUUUGUUGUCAUUGACAGCACCCUCAACAAGCUCACAUCGCUACGGGAGUACAUUGAUGACACAGAAGAUUUCAUCAACAUUCAGCUGGAUAAUGUUCGAAACCAGCUUAUACAAUUCGAGCUGCUACUGACAACUGCAACAUUUGUGGUUGCGAUAUUUGGCGUGGUAGCGGGGAUAUUUGGCAUGAAUUUUCCAAUACCAUUGUUUGAUGACGAGGGUGCGUUCAAGUGGGUGCUAGUAAUAACAGGAGUAGCUGGAAUCGUCAUAUUUUGUUCAUUUUUGUGGUUUUUCAAGUACCGAAGAUUGAUGCCGCUGUAGAUGAUAGUGAAGCAAAUUGCAAUUACUUGAAGCAAAAAAAUGCUAUCGAGUAUUAUUAAUGUCAUCAUUUACUGUUGUGUUCUUUAUUGAAAAUUGAAAAAAUAUAAGAAAUGAAAAUAUGGCUCUCUCUAAGAGCAAUUCUUUCUAUUUUUUAGAGGUCCAUAAUUUGGUUGUAUA